AUGAAAGAAGCAAGCUAUGCAGAUGAGUUGAAAACACUUGCAAGCUUCAAAGAAACUAGAAACGAGUGGUUCUUGAAAGAAGAGAAAAAGAAAAGAAGCAGGAAAACAACUCCAAAAGUUCAAGAAGAAGUUGAAGCUGAAGCUGAAGUUAAUGUUGAAGGAGAUGUUCAUUUAUCUCCUGAAUCUACAAAGUUGUUGAAAUCUCUUACUGAUUAUAAUGCUGAAAUAGAGAAGACAGCUGGUGAUGAAGGUGAUAAUGAAGAUAAAAAUUCAUCAAGUUCAUCUGAUGAAGAUAUUGAUGAAACUGAACGCACAAAAAGAAUUCGGGCUGAGAUUGAAAAAGAGAAACAGCUCAAGAGAAAGAGGAAAGAAGAUAAAGAUGAUGAAUUAUACAAUCCAUCUCCUGAGCAUGUUAUAGAGUCUCAGACACCUCCAUCAUCUGGUGGUAGGAAGAAGACAAGUGCAAGAAAGAGUGUGACUUCUCCAAAAGCAGCAAGAAGAAAGUUGACAAUCAAGCUGCCUAAACGCACAUCAAAACCAAAACUAAAGUCAAAACCAAGUCAACCACCAUCACCACCACCUGAACCAUCACCACCUCAAUCACCACAUAAAUCACCACCAAAACAACCUACACCACCACCAUCACCUCCACCACAUCUUUCACCACCAUAUGAACAACCUGUUGUUACUUCACAGCAAAUUUUCCAAACACCACCAUCCACACAACCACCUGUCCAAACAACUCCUAGAUCUUCUGGAUUCAAAAAUUUUCCAAAUAUCCCUGUGAAUGUGAAUAUAGGUCUUGAUGAUAUUGGAGAUUUCGACUUUGCAAAUAAUGAGCAAGUGAAGAGGUUAGAAAAGAAAGUUGAAGAAAAAGUUGAGGCUGAUCAGACAGAGAUUGAUAUUCUUAAAGUGAAAGUUGCUGAGUUGGAAGAAGAGAAAGCACGCAGAGAUGAACAGAACAAGUACUUCAAGUUAAAGAACAAAGAAUUGGAAGCUGCUAAAGCAAUGAAAGAACACGAGAUAUACAUGAUGAAUAAAGUGUUAGAAAAUUUGCUUGGAAAGUCUGUUGAGCAGAGAUUUGAAGAGAUUGAAGUUGAAGAGGUUAGAGCUCGACGUCAAGCUGUGAUUGAUGCUGAGAUGAAGAAUAAAGGCAAGGGUGUUGAAGGUGCUUCUGAUGUUAUUGAAAGCGCAAUUAUUCCAUCUGUUGUUUCUGAGUCACCUGUCCAGAAUCCUCGUCCUAUCUCUGCCGUUUCCGGUAUUUUUGAGGAAGACGUGUUGAUUGAUGAUGUUAUUGAUGAUGAGGAAGAGGUUGAGGAGGAUGAUGAUGAGGAUAAGGCAGAUGAUGCAGACGAUGUAUUCUCUACUAGUAGUCACAGUGAUGAUGAUGAUGAUGAUGAUGAUGAUGACAAUAAUCAGGGUGGUAUAGGAAUUAAAGUUAUUGAAGCAUCAAAUGAACAGAAUCUCAAAGAUUAUCUUCACAACGAUGCGAAUGAAGAGCCUGUGGAUGCUACAGGUGAGGGGGAGAACGUUGGUGAUCAGGACGUUGAUAAAAGAGAAAAGUUGAUUUUAUGUCUACAGCCUGAAGUUGAGGAAGGUGAAAUCAAGCAUACUUACACUAUGAAUGAUAUUAUCGAGAUGACGCGUAUUGAUGAUCCUAACUUCAAGUUUGACUUUGAAGAAGAUUUGAAUGCAUUUGAUAUGAAUCAACAGCCUGAGUAUCAGUACAAGUGUGUUGAGGAAGCUGAUAUUCAUGAUAGGGUUGAGGUUGAAGACUGCAGCGAUGAAAAGAACGUGAAUGUAGAUACUUCAAACUUUCCAACUCUUGUUGAAUUUUUCAGUUAA